AUGCAUCGGUUCAUUGCACGCUUGCCUUCUACCAAAACAUGUGCCGCUGGCUUUCACUCGGCCGCUUCGCGUGCAGCCAUCAGCCGUUUCAACAUGCCUGCCAUGAGUCCCACAAUGACUGAGGGCACUAUUCACCAAUGGAAAGUCAAAGAAGGUGAAAGCUUCUCUGCUGGUGAUAUCCUUCUCGAACUCGAAACCGAUAAAGCUCAAAUUGAUGUCGACGCUCCUGAGGAUGGUAUUCUUGCAAAGAUCAUUUUGAAAGAUGGCGAGAAGGCUGCUGUCAAUCAACCCAUUGCACUUUUGGCCGAGGAAGGUGACGAUAUCUCGAAUGUUGAAAUGCCUGCUGAAGAGUCAUCAUCCGCUCCUGAACAACCAAAGGCUGAAGAGCCCAAGCCAGCAGCAGCAGCAGCAGUACCACCUACACCAUCAACCCCCAUGGAUCAUCAUGAACUCGAUACCAGCAAAUUGAAGAAGCCACUUUCUCCUGCUGUUAUCUCGCUUGUACUUAAGCAUCACAUCAAAGAUCUUGGCGCCAUCAAAGCAUCCGGUCCCGGUGGUCGUAUCUUGAAGGGUGAUGUCCUUGCUCAUCUUGGAUUGAUUCCGUACAAACCUGCUCCUCCUUUCAGAACUUCCAUUGCUCCUCCCAGAGAAGAAAUUGUGUUCGCCAAGCCUGCAGCCAAGGAGGGUGCUGCUGCCCCCAAGGAAGAAAAGCCUCUUCCUAACUUCAUCAGCAAGACUGUGGCAGUGGAUGAUUUGUUGGCAUUGCGUCGUGCUUUGAAUGAAUCAAACCGUACCAAUGUCAGCGUAAACGACUUUAUUGCCAAGGCAGCAACUCGUGCUCUUCAAGAUGUCGUUAGCUCUCCCAAGGUCUCUUCCUCCCCCUCAAAGGGUAUUGUGUACAACACCGAUGCUUCCUCCUUCUCAGAUGCCUAUAAGGGUGGAUCCUUCAAGAUCUUCCACUUGUCCCCUCCUACUUACGACUUCAUUACUGAUUCCUACGAAACCUCCAAGCCUUACGAAUUGAAUGUGAGCGCUAGCCAACGUGUUGAAAGCGGACAAGCACCCAAAUCGCAGGACGAAGAGAUGGUUGAUCUUAUUGGUUUCCUUGGUGGAGAGGCACCAAAGAAGGAGGCUCCACGAGCAAUUGGUUUAACAACAAAGAACGCUCAAAUUGAUUUCAGUGCACAACCAAAGGUUUCCCACCAAGUUGAAAUCAAGUUGCAAGACAGCGUCCCUGGCAAGAUCUUGAAUGACCAAAAGGCAGCCACUUUCCUCGACCGUGUAGAAUAUUAUGUUAGAAAUCCUAGCGAAUUGACCGCUUGA